AUGGUGGAUGAAGCUGGAAGAAGCUCCCCCAAACACCAUCCGCUCCUCCCCACUACCCAGGACAUAAUGGGUUUUCUUCAAAAGAUUAUCCAGAGUGAUCCCCAUGGCCUGCCACGGCUCCAUGUGGAUGGGAAUUACCUCCUGAACCAUUUCUGUGAUGAGAGGGAAAUGACUGGACAGAGUGUGGGCCAAGGGGCUAAGGGACUGCGUACCUUCUGUGAUCUCUGAAUCUUGUCCUCUCCCCAAGAGUCAGGGCCCUGUCCUCAAACCCUGCUUCAGGUGACCAAGCUCCAGAGGCUGGUAGCAACUGAAGAGGAAGCUAACUGCCUGGCUGAGGAGCUGAUGGCUGAGGAGAAGCAUGGGAAGUGGAAAGCAGAGAAGAAGCCAAGGGAGAAGAUGGGCCAAGAGGAGAGCGCUCCGAGAUAAAAGAGUCCCAAGCAGAGUUCUGCAGCUGAAGCAUCUCCAGGACUGCUGGCAGCUGCCUUACAGCAGAGCCAAGAGCUGGCAAAGUUGAGUGCCAACUUUACCCAAAAUGGUUUCUACUAUGAAGCAUGGGACUUUACCUAGGCCUUGCAGCUCAACCCCCAGGAUCACUAGUUAUUUGGAAACUGUUCCUUCUGCCAUGAGGAGCUGGGUCAGCUGGUGUAGGCCCUGACGGAUACCCAGGUGGCCCUUACCCUCAGUCCCAACUGGACCCAGGGCCUCCUCCUGUGUCUGGGCAAGGCCCUGAUGGGACUGCAGAGAGACCACAACACUUUUGAGAAAGCCGCUGCUAUAUUCCAGGAGACUCUUGAGGUUGGGUCCCAGCCAGAUGCAACUUGGGAGCUCCACUCUUGCCUUCACCAACUCACCCUGGAGGGCAAGAGGGGAGGAAUCUGUGCACUACCUCUGUCAACUGGAUUCCGUCUGCCAUUUCUCCAUGCUGAACCAAGAACCUCAGGCCUACUGUCCCUCAGUCCCCCUAGAAUCACUGCUCCCAGGGCCGGUGGCCUUCUGCCUCCAUCACAUUAUCCCCCAUGUCACCUGAGCCACCUCAUUUAG